AUGACAACCGUAAACCAGACGUUUCGACACGGACGACAAGGCCGGCCGUCGGGUCGCAACCCGAUCAAAACAGUCUGGCGCGAGACGUACGAGGUCUGGGACGGCGUCUGCUACGGCGUGGGCAAGGCCUACUUCAAGAUCACCGGCAAAUGGUGA